CAUUACACGCACCCUUGCCUAACUACCGAAAAGUUUGCCACACAACCACCUGACACCGUCGCCACAGAUACCUUCGUUGCGCACUUGCCGUAGAGUUCACCCACUCGCCGGAUAUGAGAGUUGGUGAAAAUGAGUUUUGCCCCAUGAGAUGAAAGUUUGUGUAGGAAGUGUUGAAAGUUGGUGAAGCAGUGGACUUGGUGCUAUAACAUAAACAAUUUUGCUCAUAUAAAUGCUUCCACCGUGAAAGCUAUAACACUGGUUCUGCAUUCCCUUUGGUGAGAGUAUAAUAUGGCCUGCAAAUCUCAUUUAUUUGGCCUGUUUGGUGAUAUAAGAGCUAUCGAUUUUAGAAAACCUAAGGGCACUUGGUCAAGAAAGCAUUUGGGCAAUUGCUUGUUUGCUGUUUCAAAAUAUGAAAAUUCUGGUUUGAAAGGUAAUCUGCAACCGCAACAUUUUGAAAGAUUCCAGAAAGGUUCUUUAAAUGGGGUCAAUACUUCGCUGGAUUUUGGGGAGUCUGAGAUUCAUCAUCUCCGCUUGUUGAUUAAAAAUGGGGAAUUGGAGGAAGGUUCCAAGUUUAUUGAGUAUAUGAUUAACAAAGGCAGUAUUCCUGAUGUCAUUGCUUGCACUGCUUUAAUCCAUGAGUUUUGCAAGAAUGGCAGGACUAAGAAUGCAACUCGAAUCAUGGAAAUUCUGGAGGAGUCUGGAGCAGUUAUUGAUGUGACAAUUUAUAAUGUUUUGAUCCGUGGUUAUUGCAAAUCAGGGGAGAUAGAGGAAGCCUUGUGGGUUUUGGAUCGCAUGUCUGUUGCUCCAAAUGCUAUUACUUAUGAUACAAUUUUGCGUAGCUUUUGUGAUAGAGGGAAAUUGAAGCAAGCCAUGAAAGUACCUGACAGACAGCUGCAAAGUAAGUGUUAUCCAGAUGUAAUUACAUUCACCGAAUCAAUUGAUGCAGCUUGUAAAGAGAAUGGAGUUCGUCAGGCAAUGAAGCUGUUGAUUGAGAUGAGGUGCAAAGGAUGCGAACCUAAUGUGGUUACAUAUAAUGUUAUUAUAAAAGGGAUUUGCAGAGAAGGUAGGUUGGAUGAAGCAAUUAGAUUUUUAAAGAAACUGCCAUCCUAUGGUUGUCAACCUGAUGUGAUUUCCCAUAAUAUUAUCUUGCGUAGCUUGUGUAGUGGUGGAAGAUGGAUGGAUGCUAUGAAACUAUUGGCUAGCAUGCUUCGUAAGGGGUGUUCUCCCAGUGUUGUUACUUUCAAUAUCUUGAUCAACUUCUUUUGCCAGAAAAACUUACUAGAUAAAGCCCAUAAUCUCUUGGAGAUGAUGCCAAAGCAUGGUUGUACUCCUAAUUCCAGAAGUUACAAUCCAUUGAUUCAACGGUUUUGUAACAAAAAUAGUGUUGAUAGAGCAAUUGAAUACUUGGAAAUUAUGGUAUCUAGGGGUUGUUACCCAGAUAUAGUAACCUAUAAUAUUUUGCUAACUGCAUUAUGCAAAGAUGGGAAGGUGGAUGAUGCAGUUGAGAUUCUGAACCAACUAAGUUUCAAGGGGUGCUCUCCUGUUCUAAUUACUUACAAUACAGUGAUUGAUGGGCUUUUGAAGGAUGGAAAAACAGAGCGUGCUCUAGAACUCUUUGAAGAGAUGUGCAGAAAAGGUCUUGAACCUGAUAUAAUUACCUACAGUAUAAUUAUUGAUGGGCUUUUAAAGGUGGGAAAAACCGAACUUGCUCUAGAACUCUUGGAAGAGGCCUGCAGUAAAGGUCUGAAGCCUAAUUUAAUUACUUUCACUUCAGUAGUAGGGGGCCUAAGUCGUAAUGGGAAGGUUCAUGAAGCAAUAAAAAUUUUCCAUUACAUGGAGGGGUUUGGUGUUAGACCCAAUGCAUACACUUAUAACUCAAUAAUGAUGGGACUGUGUAAAACUCAGCAAACCAGUCGUGCCAUUGAUUUUCUUGCUUAUAUGGUCGCAAACGGAUGUAAACCUACUGAGGCUACCUAUACUGUUCUUGUAAAUGGCAUUACUUGUGAAGGAUUACCUGAGGAGGCUUCGAAGUUGUUGAAUGAAUUGUACUCCAAAGGACUUGUAAAGAAAAGUUUGAUUGAAAAUGAUGAGGAAGAAAACAGCUAAAUUUUAUGCCUUUAGGCUGGGUCGGUUAUUGGUUACAUAGCUUGGUUGAUCCCUUUUCAGAUUUAUCAAGAACCAAAAUUCCAAUAUAAUCAUUUGUUUGAUAUUUCUGUAAAGCAAUCGAUAUGUAGGAUACAAUGCAUUUUUACAUAGCACUACUAAAUGGCUCUUGCCAUUUAUGCA